CAAAGAGCUCACAGGACAAUAAGAUUUUAUUUAAUUUUUCUCACCCCCCCCCCCCUCUCCCUCCUCUCUCUCUCUCUCUGUGCAACAGAAUUGUGUUGGUUGACUCAAAGGCAGACGACUGAAUCCUUGAAAGUGAAAAGAGGGUUUGGAAUCGAAGUGAUGCAAAAUUUGGAGGUUCUGUAAUUCAAGAGAUCAAAAUUUAGAGGUGAAAAUGGUUUAUACUCCAAAAGAGCCUUUGUUUUGCCUAAAAUGGCCAUGGGACAUGAACCCGAAUCCAAAAAAUAACACUCAUAGCGUUUGCUCGUUUGAGGGUCCUUGGCUGUUCAAAUCUGUGCAGACUAUCGGGUCCCUUGCUUUCAAUUUCGUCAGCUCAAUUUCGUUGAUCAACAACUUAAAGCCCUUCCAAAUGGAUGCAAGAACCGGCCAAGGUAAGACUUUGAAGUCGAAAACAGUCUUGAGUCCGGAAGAGCAGGGGGAGGCGGAGCAUAGGGCGUUUGCCUCGGCAUUGGCAAGUGCGAAAGAGGCUACAGUGGUUGAGUUUUAUUCACCCAAAUGCAGGCUGUGCAAUUCUUUGCUUAAUUUUGUUGUGGAGGUUGAGAGUAGGAACUCGGAGUGGCUUAACAUUGUUAUGGCAGAUGCAGAGAACGAGAAAUGGCUUCCCGAGCUCCUCCAUUACGACAUCAGAUAUGUGCCUUGCUUUGUUAUACUGGACAAGAAGGGGAGGGCACUGGCGAAGACCGGGAUUCCGAGCAGUCGACUGCACGUAAUAGCAGGCCUCUCUCAUCUUCUCAAGAUGAAGCGUGCUCACAAAAGUAAUAGCUGAUAGAAAUAUUGAAUCUUCACUCAUCGUUUCAUUUGAUGUAAACAAGUCUGUAUAGGCAGAUAGCAGAUUAUAUUGUGCGUGCUUUGAUUGCUCAUGGUUAAGCAGGCGAUGAUGUAAUUCAUGUUUUUAGUGUAGAAACUGUGCUUCCCCAAACUUUUACGAUGAUUUCUGUUGAAAUUUCCAAAAUCGAUUGAAAACCGUCUUUUAUAUAUAUAUUUAUAAUUUUUUUAA